AUGACGAAGCCAGAGCUCCUCGUCUUCUCGGUAGCGCAAAGAAAUGUUAAGAAGAAGAAGACUUAUACCACUCCAAAUAAGAUUAAGCGCAAGAAAGUCAAGCUUGUUCUCCAUAAGCGUCAAUUAUUUUUAGCCAACCACAUGUUCAGAAUGAUCUGGUAUGGCGAUCAUGUGAUUAUUAAACUUGGAUGGCUUUUCGUUGAAGUCGACGGUUUUCUCAAGAGACUCUCCGGAUGGACUGGCUGUAGCUACCUCGGGCCUGAAAGUCGCCAGCAUUGA